UCGUUUUCCUCGCGUUAGUCGCUCGUCGGAACCCGACCCAAACGGCCGAUAGCACAGUGAUAACUUAUCAACUGAUAACAAAUACACUCAGUGCCAGUACUUAUUCGCACACCUGUGAAGUAAGACAGUGCGCCAAAAUGGUGGCCCAAACUAAUUUAGAAGUGGGCAUGAAGUGCAUUAAGUAUAUGCUGUUUUGUGUCACGGCAAUUUUUGUGAUCACAUCAGCCCUCAUAAUCUCCGUGGGCACGACGAUCUACGCGAUCUACCAUGACGUGUCCUUCUUCCUGGACCCUCACUUCUUCUCGCCGGCCACGCUGGUCAUCGUCAUUGGGGUCAUGAUGCUGUUCAUCUCCAUGUUCGGGUGUAUUGGGGCGUGGAGGGAGAGCACGUGUUUGGUCAACAUUUUUGCAGUAAUCCUGAGCUUGGUGUUCAUCCUGGAGGUUGCAGCGGCCAUCGCCGCCUACAGCCUCCGCUCUCAAGUCAUCGACAUGGUGGAUGACCGCCUGCGCAUCGCCAUGCCCUACUAUUACGAGAACCAGGAGGUCACGGAUGCCUUCGACUUCAUUCAGAACAGGCUGAACUGCUGCGGUGUCGAUACGUAUUUCGACUGGCAUAUGGUCGAACCACCGCAGGGCGCAACCGGAAUCGUCGUCUCUAACAUCACCGUGCCCAACUCCUGUUGCGCCGAGUCCCACUACACUGUGGUCGAAGAUGUCACUGUAGCUGAGUGCACCAAGUUGUUCGCCAAUGGCUGCCUGCCGAGGGUUAUCUACCUAGUUUAUCAAAGCGCUGGACUGUUGGGUGCUGGAGCUAUGACCAUCGCUUUUAUUCAGUUGAUUGGCAUCGUGUUUUCGUUCUCACUGGGCAGCGCCAUCCGCAAAGCCAAGACCGAACGUGAGCGCAGGCGUCAAGAGAUCCAGAGCAGCGUCAUCAACUCCCACACCUCACUCAACCCUGACGGAGAAAAAAUCAAGCCGAUUGUCUAUGUCCCUUUCUACGGACAGACGGAUACCGCGGCAUAAUGGCUGAAUGGAAAGUUUCUUUUGUUUUAUCGAUAUUUUUUUAAAGAGGUUUUUUUUCUGCGUAAAUUAUAACAUUCCGUCCUUUUAAACAAAUAUCGCUAAAACAAAUAGUCUAUUUUUAAACUAAGGUUUUACUUAAUUCACAUUUUAUUCUAUGAUUAAACUAUUGCCAUAGGAUAUAAUUUGUGAAUGAGCUAUUGAAAUGAUAGCAGCAUUGGAAAUGAAUCAAAUUUAAUUUGAAUCGAGGCCAAAGUAUUUGUGGGAAGACAUCAUAAUUUCAAUCGUAAUUAUCAAGACACACAUUUAAAUGAUAAUCUAAUUAAGGUUACAAAUGAUCACAUAUUUUUAUUAAAUAAAUUACCUAGUCAA